UAGCCAGUGCUAUCUACAUCGCCAUCAGUAGUUUCGCGUGGUUUCGCGACGUCGGCGAAACGUCGAAGUCCGCGUUCUCCUGCGUCCUCGUUAAAAGGCGGGAACUUUUUAUUUUGUUUCCGCUGCGUUGCCACUCGACUGAUCCGUUAACGCUGCUAUCAGGUUUAGAGUCUCUCUUGGAAGGCUGGACGAUGGCACAGCCUUCAUCGUUGCUCUCCACACCAUGGCAGUAUUACGUGCCCUUGCUGCUCGCAUCUCCCGUGGCGCUGCUCGUGGUGUCAAAGCUGUGGCGCCGGUACCAGGCUCGGAACGCGUGUCUGCGGCACCGGCACUUCAUCAUCACCGGCGGCUCCAGCGGUAUCGGACGUGCGCUCGCACGGGCUGCUGUACAACGAGGCGCAAAUGUGACAUUAAUUGCACGAAACCUGGACCGCCUUGAGGAGGCAAAGAUUGAGCUUCUGGAAAAAACAAGCUCGCCCGAGCAGGCCGUCCACACGCUGUCGGCCGACCUGACGAAGGGCGAGGCUGGCGAAGCAGUGCUCGCCAGGGGCAUCGAGGAGGCGGAGCAGGUCUGCGGACCGGUGGACUACCUGGUGAACUGCGCAGGCUCCGCGAUCAGCCUGCGUUUCGACGAGACUCCUCUGGUUGAGUUCCAGCACAUGAUGGAGGUCAACUACCUGAGUGCGGUGCACACGACCAUGGCAGUGCUGCCAGGCAUGAAGCAGCGAGGCUCGGGCAGCAUCACUUUCGUGUCGUCCAUUGCUGGCCUGAUGGGCCUGUACGGCUACACGGCCUACAGCCCAUCCAAGUUCGCUCUCGUGGGUCUGGCACAGUCGCUCCGCAUGGAGGUUAAGCAUCGUGGCAUCCAGGUGACGGUGGCCUUCCCGCCAGACACAGACACGCCGGGCUUCGCGGAGGAGGAACGCACCAAGCCGACCGAGACGAAGCUCAUCUCGGCUAUGGCCGGCCUGUAUUCGGCCGACGUGGUGGCCACCUCCCUGCUGCAGGACAUCCUCGAGGGCAACACGACUUCGGCCCUGGGACUGGACGGUCACAUAACGGUGGCACUGUGCGCGGGCAUGAUGCCACCCAGCUCACUACUCGAGGCGGUAGUGCAGGCACUCACCAUGGGCAUCCUGCGUGUCAUCGGAUGCCUGUACGUGUGGCACUUCUACAGGCUCGUCGCACGCUGCGCAGCAAACCGCGAAGGCAGCAAGAAGGGAAGCUAACUCGUGACGGCUGGGAAUGGAUGACGGUUGGAACGACUUCGUGACGUUAGGAACAUUCUGUGACAUUUGGGGAAGCUUAACUGUGACCUUUUGGGGACUGUGACGGUGAUUCACUUGUAACACAUUUAGGGUUUUGUGACGGACGGUAACUUGUAGUCAGGCAACAGUGACGCACAGUGAACAGUAGAGCUCCUCGGAGUGGAUUUGCAAGUAGAGGGAUUGACACCGAGACAGUUGUGGCACGUUGGAAUUCCGAUGGUGACGCAGUUGUGACACUAUGUGACUUGUGACGGGCAGCAACUCUUGGUGGUUGGAAAUCGUCACUUACUGGGCAACGCUUCCCUGUGUACCUUCGCAGAGUGGGUAAAUAGCACUAGGAGACUCGUGGCAAUUUGUAUCAACUAUGGCCACCUACAAACAAGGGUAGAUAGUGUUGGUAUCUAAAAUGGGUGGUUGACACUGAGAAGGUCGUAACAAUAUUUGUGUCUCUGAUGCUAAUACUUUGGUUCUUGUGACGGUCACUAAUAUCUCCCAUGUGAAAGGGUGAAACACUUUCCCGUGGAUUUGUAAAGUGUUCCUUGUGGAUUUGAUAGAAAGCUUUAAAAGGAGUUUUCUUUUUUACAAACUAGACAGAUGUGCAUGCUUGUUGAGUAAUUGAUGCUUCUCUGUUUUCUGUUCACAAGAGUGUAAAGUGGGCGUUUAUUUUGUAUUUCACUGCACAGAAUGUGCAUAGAAUGUUAAAGGCAAGGUUUUACACAUGACAGCAUAAUUUGUACACUGUAACUAGUCAUGAUCAUUAGCUGUUGCCCAAUGUUAAGUAUCAAAUCUUGAAAAUUGCACUAUGCUCACUGUUCAAAAAUUUCGAACUCAUUCCCACGAAGUUAAUGAUUAGGGAGUUUCAAAGCUUCUUUGGAACAUUUCGUUCAAGGCUUCAAAGAUGACAUUACACACACUGCAUGACAAGUUCGACGUUGCCUGCAUCUCAGCUUGUCAGUAACGACGACGGUCCCUUUAAGACACACAAAUUAUUGCACUGUACUGUUUGUCAGUGCCUAGGAAAUGCAACACAGUAACUUUCGUUGGAAAAAAAAAAGGUAGAUUGUCAUCUUUGUUCUUUUUUUUUUCUCUUUGUAUUUCUUUCUACUGCACUCAGCCAGUGCUUUAAUUUCGCAUGACCUAGUCUGAGUGUUGCAUCUGCUAACUGGGUUAACUAUUAAUUGUUCAUUUACCUUUUUUGUGGGGUACAACUUGUAAAUAUCAAGGGCUUUGAGAUGGUGCUGUAUGGCCACAUUUUUUGUACAAAAGGGAACAAGUUAAAAAAGCAAUUUUCAGACAAAGCAGCCAAGUGUUCAUACAACUCAAACUAGACUUGCAGUUCUAGCUUCAAGUUGUAUAAAGACUUUGCACGUUUUGACUGGUUUCCACAACGCACACAACAUGGCUCGAGUUCUAGUUCAUCAUGUAUACCUAGGGAUGUGAGAUGCUUGUUUACGUAACCUCGAUUACUUCCACAACUAGCCUACCUCUAGGGCAUGUGUGAAUUCUCGGUCACAACAUGCCUCAGUUUACCUCGGUGGUUUACGUUCUCAUUUUUGUGCAUGCCAAAGCAGAAACUUUUUUCAUGUCCUAAACCCUUUACGGGCUCUGUUUCCAUGUCUGUGUUUAAUACAGGAGUCGUUAUUUGGGUGCAUUACCACGUGUCUACUGGUAGUGUUAGCCUUUGCAAAAUACUUCCAAUACGCAUGGAAAAAGUCUCCUUUUCAGCCACCGGUGAAAACGGGUGAAUAAGUCUGUUACCAAAGAAAAAUUUAGACAUCCCCAAACUGUUCUGGGAAGAGGUGCUCAUUUUUUUCUUUUCUUUUUUUUAAGGCUGUUUUUCCUUGGCCUUGGACCAGUUCAAUUGCAGGGUUGGUUCUUCCUAAUCUCUCUUGUUCCGUAUCGCUUAAUCCUUCUUUUUACCCGGAAUUGUUGAAAACCAAUAAGCUAAAGAAAAUAAAGAGA